AUGUCUCUCAGUGCUCUAUUGUGCGCUAGUACACUUGGUUCUAUUGUCUGGUAUCCGUAUACCGUUGGUGAUAUACUUAGACUCGAUAUAGUGCAGAACAGGUUUUUGAAUAAUGCUGGGUACUGCCUAAACAUUUCUCAUCCACCCAAUGACUAUCAACCAAUAAAUGAUAUUUUAUGUCUCGAGUCACUAUCAGUUAGACGUCAGACAUAUAGUUACCGAUUUAUUUCUGGGCUAUUAAAUGGGAAAAUUGAUGCACCUCGAUUAUUAGAGAAACUUAAUAUCCAUGUUCCUAGCAACACUCGAUAA